ACUUUGCCGAGGAGAACAGAUGUUUUUGACAAGAUUUUCGUAAUUGUCAGUGUCUUGUGGUGUCGGAUGUGUCAGGAUGUCAGUAAAUAAAUGACAUGUUACGAAAUUUAAUAAAAAUCCAAAAAACAUUUGAAAUCCAAAAAUUUCAGAUGGCGACUAAAGCUGUAGCUAGUGCAACGGUAAGAGCUGUGAAGAAACGAGUCCUACCUUCAAGAGCAGCGCUUGUUCUAACACCUUCUGCUGUUAAUAAAAUCAAAGAGAUUAUGUCAAAAGAGGAGGCAAAAGGUUUUGUAGGAUUAAAAGUAGGAGUUAGACAAAGAGGAUGUAAUGGGUUAUCUUACACAUUAGACUAUGCGAUAAACAAAGAAAAAUUGGAUGAAGAAGUGAAACAAGAUGGUGUGACUAUCAUUAUAGACAAGAAAGCCCAAUUGACACUUCUAGGAACUGAAAUGGAUUAUGUUGAGGACAAAUUAUCAGCAGAAUUUGUAUUUAAUAAUCCAAAUAUAAAAGGCACAUGUGGUUGUGGAGAAUCUUUCAGUAUAUAGAAUUAUUUGAAGUAGAUAUACAUAACUGUAGUAUCAUAAUGAAGAAGCAAUUGGAACAUUGGCUUGUACUUGUGCAAUCAUACUAUAAUACUCAUCAUUUGAUGUUGUUAAUCUUGUACUGACAGAUUGUUGAUCUUCAUUUAUAUAAAUAUAUAAUAUAUCUUGAACAAAACUUGAUCAACAGUCCCUUCUCAUAUCCAUUAGUAAAUGUUUCAGUCUAUCUUCUUUACAUUGAUUUUGAAAAGAAAAUAAAUUGUUUAAAAUAUGUCUAAAGAUUUAUACCUAUUAUAUUCAUCUUAUAAUAGGUAUAGAUCUUUAAAAAGUUAAGCCUGUUUCUUCUUCUUUUCUUCUGUUACGGCUCCAUUGUUUGCCAUAAUAAUGAUUUUCCCAACAACAAAGUUAGCACAUUAUAGUAAAAAGGAUAUCAGGCCUACUUUAUGUUAAAAAAUAUUUUGUUUUGUUCUGUCAAUGCCAAAUAUUCAAAUGUGCGGUAAGGACAAAACAAAAAUAAGUUUUUAACUUUUCAUACAAAAGUCUAGAAGGGGAAAAUUCUCAAAAAUAAGCCCAACCUAAAAUUGGUUUGUUUAUCCAAUUCUAGACAUUAAUAGGGAGCCACCAAGGGUGUCCCCUUGGUGGCUCCUUUUGUAGGUUAAUUGGGGUAAUUUUAUCAUAUAAAAAGAAAAAAGCAAUUUUCUUCAAUUAGAUUUUUUUACUUGUGACAGAAUCUGUUAUAAUUUUUGAAUCAAUUACUUUUCGUAUUUUUUUGUUGUUGUUGUAAUAUAAUUGUAUAGCAUAGGUAUUUAAAUAGUGCUGUAUAUUUUUUGUAGCAAGUAGAAUAAAUUGUAGAUAAUGAAUAAUGAGUAAACAUAUUUUAUCAUCAA